CUCGCACCUAAGCUGACACCAACAACGGUCCAGGGAGAACGGCUUGGCGUCCAGGAAGAGCAUCGGAGCUGGAGGAAGAUUUAGAGAUGUGUCACGAAAACUGUAGUCCGGGGUGGGGGGCAAAGGAGGUUUCUGUCCCUUGUGGCUGAGUGGCUUGGCCAAGCGGGCUCCUUCUCUGAGCCUCAGUUUCAUCAGGGCAUUGUGGGAUAGGGAGGCAGUGUGGGUUGCUCUCGUCCCCUUUCCUCUUCGGUCCUGAGCCUUGGGAGCUGGGACUGGCCCUUUAACAUGGGAGGCGGGGCCAAGGCCACUUCAGGCAGCGGGAAGCUGGGCAGAGCUGGUGUCCUGGGAGCAGGUGGGCAGCAGGCCAGGGCUGAGCACAGCUGGACUCUGCCGGGCUGGGAAGUGAGGGGCCUCUCCACGUGUGUGGGGGGAGGGUGUGCAGUGGUGUCUGUGACUCCAGGCUGAGUGGGGGGAACUGAGAGGGAGUGACAGCGGCCUACUCCCCACCAGGAGCCUUGGGACAGCUCAGGGUACCCUGCACCCUGCCUGCCCUGAAGAAGAAGGUGUUCUCAGUGUCUGCUGUCAUGGAGAGCUCCUUGAGGGGUGAGCAGUUCCACACAGUCACACCUCUGCUGGAGAGCUGGGCACUGUCCCAGGUGGCAGGCACAACCAUCCUCCUCAAGUGUGAGAACAUGCAGCCGGCCGGCUCCUUCAAGAUCCGGGGCAUCGGGCAUUUCUGCCAGGAGGUGGCCAAGAAGGGAUGCAGACACCUGGUGUGCUCCUCAGGGGGCAAUGCGGGUGUUGCUGCCGCCUAUGCCGCUCGGAAGCUGGGCAUUCCUGCCACCAUCGUGCUCCCUGAGAGCACCUCCCUGCAGGUGGUGAGGAGGCUGCAGGGGGAAGGGGCCCAGGUGCAGCUGGCUGGAAAGGUCUGGGACGAGGCCAAUAUGAGGGCUCAAGAGUUGGCCAAGAGGGACGGCUGGGUGAACGUGCACCCGUUUGACCACCCCCUGAUAUGGGAAGGCCACGCCAGCCUGGUUCGGGAGCUGAAGGCAGCACUGGGAGCCCCACCAGGAGCCCUGGUGCUGGCGGUAGGGGGCGGAGGGCUGCUGGCUGGGGUGGUGGCCGGCCUGGUGGAGGUGGGCUGGCAGCAAGUACCUGUCAUCGCCAUGGAAACCCGCGGGGCGCACUGCUUCAAUGCGGCCAUCGAGGCGGGCAGGCUGGUCACUCUGCCGGGCAUCACCAGCGUGGCCAAGAGCCUGGGUGCCAAGACGGUGGCCGCACGGGCCCUGGCAUGCACGCAGGAGUGCACGAUCCUCUCUGAGGUGGUGGAGGAUGUGGAAGCCGUGAGUGCUGUGCAGCGGUUCCUUGAUGACGAGCGUAUGUUGGUGGAGCCUGCCUGCGGGGCAGCCUUGUCUGCCAUCUACUCGGGUCUCCUGGGACGGCUCCAGGCUGAGGGCCGCCUCAGCCCCUCCCUUGCCUCAGUUGUGGUUAUCGUGUGCGGAGGCAACAGCAUUGAUAGCCAAGAGCUCCAGGCCCUGAAAGCCCAGCUGGGCCAGAGCUAAGAGACCUGGCCUGGGAGGGUCAGCCGAGACCCAGAGACCCCGGAAGAGGCUCAUGGACAUCUCUGCGGCUGGCUGAGAGCAACAUUUGUGCCAGCAGACAGCAGUGGAAGCUUCUGUGCUUCUGUGCCAGCAGCCUCGUGCAGGAAGCCCUCCUGAACACUCCCUUUGGCUUCACUGCAGCCCUGGCCAAUAAACCCUUUCUGAG